UUUGGCAAUCUUUUUGCGCUUGCGCAGAGACUCUGGUUGGUUCUCUUUUCUCCCCUACUCUGGUCCUUCCUUCUAGCCGUUGCACUUACUUCUUACUGGUGGAUCGAUGGCGACGGCGUCUCGGGCUGGCGGAGGGAGUAGGAGCAAGGCCUUGGAGCUGGUGCGGACCUUGCCCAGGGUUAGCCUCGCCAACCUACGGCCCAACGAUGGAGCCCGCCACCGGGAAAAGAGACGUGGACGUGGAAUGCAUGGAGGUGGAAAAAGUGGCCGAGGUCACAAAGGGCAAAGGCAGAGAGGAACCCGUCCUCGAUUAGGCUUUGAGGGAGGCCAAACUCCAUUUUAUCUUGUUAUACCAAAAUAUACCUACAAUGACAGACACCACCUCAGACGUCAGUAUCCACCCCUCAGUCUCAAAAAGCUACAGUAUCUGAUUGACUUAGGUAGAAUUGACCCCACACAGCCAAUAGAUCUAACACAGCUGAUAAAUGCUAGAGGUGUAACAGUACAGCCAUUCAAAAGACAUUAUGGUAUCCAACUUGUGGAGGAGGGUGCCGAUACUUUUGCAGCAAAAAUAAAUAUUGAAGUGCAGUUGGCAUCGGAACUCACCAUUGCAGCUGUUGAAAAAAAUGGUGGUGUUAUUACUACAGCCUUCUAUGAUCCAAGGAGUUUGGAUGUUCUUUGCAAGCCAGUGCCCUUUUUCCAACGUGGCCAGCCUAUUCCAAAGAGAAUGCUUCCUCCUGAAGAUCUUGCUCGUUACUAUACAGAUCCUAAGAGCCGUGGCUACCUGGCUGAUCCGUCAAAGAUUCCAGGAGCGAGGCUGGAGCUUGCCAGGAAAUACGGUUAUGUCUUACCAGAUAUUACAAAAGAUGAACUGUUCCAAAUGCUGAGCACACGCAAGGACCCCAGACAAAUUUUCUUUGGCCUUGCUCCAGGCUGGGUGGUAAACAUGUCAGAAAAGAAAAUUCUGAAACCUAUGGACGAGGGCUUGCUAAAAUACUACAGCUCAUGAAUGAUUGGAGACAACUGUUGGAGAACUCAAUAUUCAAGAACGUUUGCAUAUUAAAUGAAAUUAUUGUCACUAUUUUCUCUUAAAACAAAAUUAGUCAUAAUAUAAAUAAAACAAUAAAAUGUUGACUGUAUAAUAGGCA